GACGUGACCCGGAUGUAAACAUCGCAGACAUAUUGGACGACCGAACGCAGAUAACCAUCCCGAAUGAUUGCCUCUGUUUUUGUUAAAGACCCAAAUUUGUUCGACCAGAAUUUGUUGUUCAGUAUAAAAAUUAUUUUUCUAAAAUUUACAUCCGUCCUGGCGACCUGCCUUAGGUCUGGAUGGAGCGGCCGAGCCACGACGAGGCGACAACCGCCGAAACUUUCCGCUCGCAGGCGACGCUCAUCAUGGAGGUGGCGGUGGAUGCAGCCGUGGGAGUUUUCCACAGGAGCCUCGUUGGCGGGCAGAUCCAGGCUGCAGACAACGCCGAGCUGAAGCGUCAGCUAACAUCCAUCUUGAGUGUGGCAGCGAAGGAGGCAGUCCGUCAAAUCUGCAGUGUGUUUGGACAGCUCCUGGCAACCUUGCCCAAGGAAGAUGACACCUCCCGAGACAAAGUGGGGCAGCUGGAGGUUGAGCUGAGUUCAAGGGACAAGCAAACGUCUACAAUGGAGAAAACAGAGACAGACGACAAACGACAGGUCGCUGCCCCCAUGAGCCUCGCCAUGUCCAUCAUCAACUCAGCCAAAGCGAUUUCCAGUAAAGCAAGCAGUGGCGGUACGGCUCAGGUUCCUCUAGUCAUCAUCAGCUCGCCGGUUCACAGCACAUUCAGGGUCCCGAAUGGCCCCUUGGUGACACCAUCUGAAGACCACCUUGAAGAUCACGCUCAGGGUGAAGGCUCUGGCGUGAUGUCACUUCCGUUCGCGGGUGAGCAGCUGGAGCCUGAGAAGUUGGUGGCCACCAAGAAUGAGACGGAGCUUCACGAAAAGGAGGCCAGUAAGACGGCAGAACCAGUUGACGUUAAAUCUGAAAAGGAGAUGGUGACCCACACUCAACCAGCUGCAAGUGAAGACGACCUGAAGGAGCUGGAGAAUAAGCGCCGGCGUGAGCAGUACAAGAACAAGCGCUUCUUCUGCGAGCUGUGCGACAAAGGCUUCCACCAGCAACACCAGCUACGCAAACACGCCUUGCGCCACACCAAACCCUUCCCCUGCACGCUGUGUGACAAAGGCUUCUACCAGGCAAAAACACUGCACAAACACCAGCAGGCCCACCAGCUACGCGAGGCCCAGGAACGAGACCCUGACAAGAUGCUGGCGUGCGAGCAGUGCAAUCGGAAAUUCCGUCUGGCCCGGCAGCUGCGCGCCCAUCAAAAGUCGCACCGGCUGGAGGCAACGCCCCUGCGCUGCGCCACCUGCGGCCGCACAUUCACCUCGGCGGCCGUGCUUCGAUACCACGAGAUCUCGCACGCUGACGUCAAGCCCUUCAUGUGCGACGUGUGCGGCAAAGGCUUCCUGAGGAAAAAAAGCCUACGCGAGCACCAGGCGGUCCACACGGGGGCGCGGCCGUACCCCUGCCAGACGUGCGGCAAGCGCUUUUCCACCAGCGGGAACCUGCGCGUGCACAAGCGCUCGCACUCGGACGAGCGACCCUUCUCGUGCGGCGAGUGCAACAAGGCCUUCAAGUGCCGUAUGGGUCUGCUGCAGCACCGUGUGGUCCACACGGGGGAGAAGCCUUUCGUCUGUCAGACCUGCGGACUCAGCUUCGGACUCAAGUACAACUUCCAAAGGCACCUGCGCCUCCACAGCGGAGAAAAGCCCUUCAAGUGUGAGAAGUGCGGCGAAGGCUUCUCCGGAACGUGGGCCCUGAAAACGCACAUGCUAGCGCACGGCGUGGAGAAACCCUUCAUGUGCGACCUGUGCGGCAAGACCUUCUUCUACAACUGCCAGCUGCAGAAGCACCAGCUCGUGGUCCACAAGAACAAGGAGCACGCCAAGGCGGGCGGCGCGCCCGCCGGCAACCGGCGCCGUCGGCGGGCAUCGGCGGGCAUGAAGGCCUUCAGCUGCAAGAGCUGCGCCAAGAGCUUCAGCAGCGUCAGCACGCUUCGCACGCACGAGAAGAGCCACGCCGAGCACAAGGAGUUUGUCUGCGAGACCUGCGGGAAGUCCUUCCACCAGCGCCACCUAUACAUUUACCACAUGCGCCAGCACAGCGGCGACCGGCCGCACGUCUGCGGUUUUUGCCAGAAGGCCUUCCUGCUUCAGUCGCAGCUACGCCAGCACGAGCUGCUGCACACAGGCGUCAAGCCGCACCAGUGCCAACAGUGCGGGAAGGCCUUCAGGACGACGCAGAACUACCACCGACACCUCCUGGUGCACACGGGCGAGAAGCCCUACGAGUGCCAACAGUGCGGCCGCAAGUUCCGCCAGUCCAACCAGCUCAAGUCGCACAUGCAGAUCCACACGGGCGUCAAGCUGUACUCGUGCCAGAGUUGCGGCCGCGGGUUCUCCGACUCCAGGCAGCUCAAGAAGCACCGCUGUGGCGACGGGGCGAAGGCCUCGCACCAGUCCGGAAGCAAAUGCAACAAAGAGAAAAGCGCAGUUUUCCCUUGGAGCGAUGGUUUCGUCAACGAGUGAUCACUAACCAUACCAGAUGCAUCAUAGAAAUGGUGGAAAAAGUGCCAGCUUGAAAGGGAAUGUUAAUGAUUCACUCACAAUAAAAACAAACACCAGCACAAAAACAAAUUAUAAAUGACUUAUUUUAAUCCA